AUGUUUGUGGAUUCCUUGAAGAAACGAAUAUACCAUAUAAUAGUAAAAAAGAAUUUUAUAAGAAAAGAUGAAAAUAAAGAAAAUAAUUUAAAAAAUGUUUUAAGUAACUGUUCAGUAAUCGAAAGUUUGUUGAGAAAAGAAUUUCAGGAAUAUAGACGUUCUCCAAAGAAUAAAUUAUAUGGGCUAAUUAUGAAUAUAAUAAAAAAGAGUUUAUUUGUGAACUAUGAUAAAUUUAUGAUUAAAUAUAUUAAUAAAAAGAAAAAAAAGAAGAUGAAGCUUAAUAAUAAUUGUCAAGUUAAUAAUAAUAAUAAUAAUAAUAAUAAUAAUUUUAUAUAUGAUACUAAUCAUAUUAUAAGUAAUGAUAUUACAACUUGUGAUAUUAUUGAAGGAGACAAUUGUCGUUCGACCAUAUUAAAUGAUAAUAAUGAAAUUAUUAAUUAUACCAAUAAAAAUGAAUAUAAUCAAAAUAAUAUUGAAGAUGAAAAAAUGAAUGAGCAAAACAUUCAUGGUCAUGACCCGAAUGAUGUAUUAUUAAAUGAGAAAGACCUAAAUGUUGGUAAUGAAUUUAUUAAAAACAAUAUGUUGAAAAACAAGAAGAAAUUAAAAAUUAUAGAAGGAAAAUUAAAAGAUGAAAAAAAUGUACAAAGUCAUUUAACAAAUAAUCAAAUUAAUGAAAAUAUGAAUCAUAUGAAACAGGAACAUAAUAAAAGUUCAUUCAAUAAUUCAAAUAAAAUAAUUAAUUCGAUAAUAUCGAAUAAAACCUUAAAUGAUUUUAAAGGCAUAAAAAAUAUUAAAAAAGAUAUACUUUAUAGUAUUAUAUAUCCAUAUAAAUUUCGAUUAUCUAAUUUGAAUUGUAUUAUAAAUAUUUUUGGUACCAGUGGUACAGGUAAAACUACACUUUCAUAUGCUAUCGCAGGUGAAUGUGGAUGUCCUUUUUUUUAUAUAAAAUUACCUGAAUAUAUAAAAUAUAUAUCAAAUGAUAACAAAAAUAAUAAAUUAAGAAUUCUUUUUGAACAUAUAAAAAAUGAAUAUGAUAAAGCAAUAUUAUGUAUUGAUGAUAUAGAUAUCAUAUUUUCAUCUAAAGAUGAUUCCACAGAUUUAUAUUUAUUUACAUAUUUAUUAAAUAUUUUUCAUAAUUCAAAUAUUAUUGUACUCUUAUUAAGUAUUAAUAAACCAAAUGAUAGUAUAUUAUACUCCAAAAUUCAAAAGUUUAUUACUAUACCAAUACCUACAUAUGAUGAUCGUAUUGAAAUACUUGAACAAGCGUCCUGUGAAUAUUUUCUCUCAUUUGAUAUUCCAUAUACCGCUUCAAUUACAUAUGGUUUCAAUAGAGGGCAGAUAUUUGAUAUAAUGAAUGAAUCUUUAAAUUUGUAUAUAUAUAAUGAGUUACUAAGAAAGGAUCUGAAGAUUAAUCAUAUGAUAAAAAAUGAAGUAGACCAUGUAACACAAACUUGUGAGAAUAUAAAUAAAAUUAAUUGUAAUGAAAAUAUCAUGGUGCAUCAAAAAAGUCACCACAUAAGUAAUAAGAUAAAUAAUGACAAUAAUGAUAAUAAUGAUAAUAAUAAUGAUAAUAAUAAUAAUAAUAAUAAUAAUAAUAAUAAUAAUAAUAAUGCAUCUGUUUGGGGAUACACCAAAUCAGAUAACGAUUUUUUUAAAAAUGUAACAAAUUAUGAAGAAAUAAAACAAAAUGAUCAAUUAACAUCACACGAACAAAAUAUAUUAAUUACUUCUAUUAAAACAAAUGAUGAGAAUCAAAUCGCGUCGACCGAAAUUCCACAGGAGUUAUCGAAUGAUUCACCCUGUUUAAAUAACCAGAACAAUCAUAAUUUGAAAGAAAUAAAUCAUAAAAGAAAAUAUAAUAUGUUGUUAUGCUCAUUAAACGAAGAGAAGGUUAUUGAAGGAAAAGCAGAAAAAAAAAUUCAAAAAACUAUAGAAAUUAACAAUGAUAUAAUAUUUGAAGGUGUAAAUAAUAUAAAGAAAAAGAUGACAAAUGAAAAUAUAUGUGAAGUUCCAAAUAUUAAUUUGGAUAAUAUUGGAUCUUUAAAAAAAAUAAAGAAAAUAUUAGAAAGCAAAUUUAUAUUACCUGUAAAAUAUAGUAAUAUAUAUAAACAUUUAGGUAUAAAUAAAAGUAUGGGAAUAUUAUUAUAUGGUCCUCCUGGAUGUGGAAAAACAAUGCUUGCUAAAGCUAUUAGUAAUGAAAUGAAAGCAAACUUUAUAGCUAUAAAAGGUCCAGAAAUAUUAAAUAAAUAUGUUGGUGAAAGUGAGAAAAAAGUACGUGAAAUCUUUUCAUAUGCAUCUGUAUAUAAACCAUGUUUAAUAUUUUUUGAUGAAAUUGAUAGUAUAUGUAUUAAUCGAUCAAAUAAUAAAUCUGUAUCGGCAUCUGAUAGAGUAGUAAAUCAAUUAUUAUCAGAAAUGGAUGGCUUAUCACAAAGAGAAGGUGUGUAUAUUAUAGCAACAACAAAUAGACCUGAUAUUAUUGAUAAAGCAUUACUAAGAAGUGGAAGAUUUGAUCAACUUAUUUAUAUUUCAUUACCUAAAUAUCAAGGAAGAGUUGAUAUUUUAAAAAAGCUUUCCAAAAAUAUGCCCAUAGAUAAAAAUGUUCGUUUUGAAGAAAUAUCAAAGUUGACCAGAGGAUAUAGUGGUGCUGAUUUAUAUGGAGUAUUAAGAGAAAGUGCUUUUAUAGCUUUACAAGAAUGUCGCGAUAAAAUAGAUAUUCAAAAUAAGAGCAAUCCAAAAAAUAAUAAUAUAUAUAAUAAUACGGAUCAACAAAUGAAUAAGGAUACAAAUGUAAUAAAUAUUAUGAAUCAGCACUUGAGUAUUCAAGAAAAUAAUUCUAUAAAACAACAUUCCACUAUUUUUUCCACCAGUAAUAUAAAUAACAAUAAUGUGGAUCAUAUAUAUAGUAUACAUAAUUUUGACCAUAUUAAAUCUAAUUCAUAUAGAACAAAUAAGACAGUAUCUCAAGAUAUGAAUAAUUCAAUUGAUGAUAAUACAAAACCAUAUAUCCUAGAUGACUCUGUUGAUAACAACAGAGUAUUGUCCAAAGGGCAAAAUAAUAUAAAUCAAAUGGAUCAAAUAAAUCUUGAUGAAAUUGUAAAAAUAAGUGAAAAUUUUACAAACGAAUAUAAAAGUAAUAAUGUAAAUACUUAUAAACUUUCAAAUAAUAAUAUUAUGGAUAUUCAAAGGUUGGAUAUCAACAUAAAUCACAAUAAUUCAAACAAUUUAAAUUAUAAUAAAAUGAAUGACGAAAUUUCUAGUAGUAAUAACAAAAAUAAAGAUAUAUCAUUUAAUGACCAUCAAAAUAUGUUUAGUACAAAUAAUUUUGGUAAGAACAAAAAUAUGAUAAAAUUAGAAUAUAAUAAUAAUAUGGAAGAAGAACAAAGGGACUAUAAUAACUCCUCACAAAAUUGUAUCUUGUCAACAAAUAAUAAUCAUUUAAAUGAAAAAGAUAGAAAUAAUUUAAUUUAUGAAUAUAUUCAAAAAAAUAAGAAUAUAUUAACUAUAACCCAAAAACAUAUAAUUCAAGCAAUUAAAAUUAUACCAAGAAGUGUAACAAAAGAACAAAUUAAAUAUUAUAAGGAAAUAUGUAAAAAGUUUAAAUGA